GUUACAGUUUGGCGGGAAAAAUAACAGUUAGUAAACAUGGCAGCUAGAAAGCAAAGGUGUAAAAAACGUGGAUUUGCAUGGACAGAAGAAGAGACAUGGGCUUUGUUAUCUGUUUGGGAGGAACAAGCCAUAGAGGAGCAAAUGGAGAACCCGAAAGUCAACAAUGGGUCUAUAUACAAGUCCGUGUCUGAUGAGUUGAUGAACAAAGGCUUUGAAGGAACGCAUGAACAAUGCAAGGUGAGAAUUCACACUUUUAAGAGAAUGUACAGAGAGACAAAAACCAAACUUAAACAAAGUGGAAAAGGAAGAAGAACAUGUAAUUAUUUCAACGAGCUAGAUUCGAUUCUUGGAAAUCGGCCGGCUUCCUCGCCGGUAAAAGUGAUUGAAACAUUGAGUAAAAAGCGUUGUUAUGAAAAUGAAGAUGAAAGCAAUUCCAGUGAAUCCGAGUCUAUAGAUGCAGGUGUCCGUCCUCUUGAAAAACUAGAUGAGUCUGGAGAUGAUAAUGAUGAUGAUAAAAGUUGCCCGGCCACAAACUCAAAGGAUAACAAAGAAGUAAAAGAUGCUACCGAUACAGAUAAUAAAGUGGACGAUCCGCAAUCAAAAGAGAAGGAAAAAGGCUGUGGAUCUGCAAAGGAGGCCUCGGGUAAAACAAAGGAAAAAAGGGAAGCAACUGGCAAAAAUGAAAGGAAAAAGGCGCGUAAAAGUAAACUUGAAUUGGCCUUAACAUCGGUAAUGGAUGGCUUUAAUAGCUCAAAUGAAAAAGCCGAGGACAAAUUUCUUGAUCUAGAGCGCCGAAAAUUAGAUUUGGAGAAACAGAAAAUGGAUAUGGAAAAAGCAAGAUUGGAUUCAGAGGAAAGACAAAAGCGGGAGGAAAGACAGCAUCAGUAUAACAUGAUGCAAAUGAUCAUGGGAGCGUUUAACCAGAGACAGUCCUAUCCACCUAACCCUCCAUCGUUUGCCACUGGAAGUCAAAUAUUAGGAGGUCAAGGAACAUCGCAAAUAUCCUCACCAAAUAUGCAAGGUCAACAGUUUUCCGGUGCAAACCUAUAUCCACAAUAUAAGCGCCAAUCUCCUGGGGAAGAUAACUGUGAUGAUCCUACUUACUAUAACUUGUGACGUUCAUUUGGUUUGAUACCUGCUACAAGAUUGAGGGGAGACCACAAGGAAUGUGAUCAUAAUCGUUACUUUCUAAUUCUGUUUUUUGUUCGUUGUUAAGGAACAUGUGCUCUUUUAAGUGUUUUAAAGUAUCUUAAGAAAAUGUCCUCUAAUAGGAACUAUUAAUAAUCUUGAAAUUUG